AUGGGUCCUAGACCCUCUCCUACCCGCCCACAUGUAUCAAAGUCAAACUCUGAUCUAAAAUUGAUUACAUUUUUGACUGAAGGGCAGCUGUCACAUUAACAAGCUCUAUAGUGGACAGGAUGAUCCCAAAAGCACCUUUUUUAAAGUGUCUCGGUAGGAGACUAUCGCGUCGCGGCUCGGCGGUGCGUCAGCUGAAGCGCAGUCUUGCUGGGUUUACUCUGGGUCUGUUCCUCGCGUCGGUUUACGGAUUGACAGCGCUGUACAUCCAGAACCACGAUCUCUGGUUCUGCAUCGUCACUACUGGCAUCAUCGCAGCUUGCGCGGGGUUUGGUACUGGCCUCUCUGACCGCGUGCGCACCAAUGUCAUGCUGAUGUUCCCAAUGCUGUGCUCGAUCAGGGGUAAAAAUUUCCUUCUUUUCCUCAUCUGUACCUUGGUUAUCCAAGGCCCAGUGAGCAACACGAUGGAAAAUGUUGAACGGGCUGCAGACAGUGUGAUCUGUGGUGCAGAACUUGCCAUGAACCAAACACAACAGCUCCUGCAGCGUGCUGCCAACCCACUGCUACCGGCCCUGAGUAAGAUAAAGCAGAUAGCGAGGAAUGCUCACUCAAUGGCAGGCCGAGCACAAAACUUCAUCAGAGCUCUGACGGAAUCUGUGCGGCAUGUUGCUCGUACUCUAAGAAAUGUACUGCACUUCUUGGCGAAUAUUGGUGAUGUGUGUAAUGACAAUCUGGGUUUGCCAUAUCAGAAGUGCACUAGGCUGUUUGAUGAAGCCCGUGAGAACUGCAUGGAGCUGCUCUCUGUGUUUUCAUUCCUCUGCCACAUCCUGGAUGGAUUCCAGCCCCUCUGUGGGCUCGCACGCGUGGGACAGCUGUUCUGCAUCUUACCAUCAUAUAUUGCUGACCACAUUAAGACUGCUUUGGCUUUUCCAACUAUUGCAGCCUUUGAUCGAAUUAAAAAGGAGUUUGAAUUCAACAUUUCUACCUCCAUCAACUUUGACCAGCUUCUGAACAACAGUCAGUCCAUACAGGAUGCUGCUCAGAAGAUCAUGGAGGAGGUGUCAGAGGAGCUGGGCCUCCUCCUGGAGCUCAAAUUCCUGCUGGCAUACUUGGGUUUCUUCCUGCUUCUCUUCAUGUAUCUCCAGGCCGUUUUGUACAAAAACCGGUACCUUCAUAAUGAUAACUUUGAAAACAUCUACAUAACUGACCAGUUUAUUGAGCUGGACAGGAAGCGCUCCAGACACGGCAAAGCAGCUGUACUUCCCCUCAGCCACAGAGAAACUCUCACCUACAUCAGGCCCUCCUCUCUGUAUCUGACUGUGAGAGAGAGACGGACUAUAGCAGGUCAGAUGCUGUCUUUGCUCAGGUAUAUGGUCAUGACUGUCAUACUGAUAACUGUCGACUUCAUGGUGUUCUGGGUGUUUGAGCUGGUACACCACCAGGCCCAGGGUGAGAUCGUCACCCAAGCUCCUGUAGUGGUUGCAGUGAAUGUGAAUGGAUCUGGUUAUGCCUCGGAUAUCUUUCGGGACAUAGCAGCCUCAUUUGACAUCCUGCAGAAAGGAAACAUCACUGUGCUUAGCAAGAAAUGUCUCAUGCAGCCUUUGGAGCCAGACUACAUGAGAUACCUGCUCAUUGGAUUUCUUUAUGGACUCACUCUUUUUAUUGUGAUUGCUGGUGGCUACGUCAAACGUCUACAGAGAUUUCUGUGUGCCAGGUACCAUCCUGAAAGAGAGAAAAAGAGAAUUCAGUACCUUCACAGGCAUAUUCUCACUCAGCGUGGGUCUUUAGGAAAAGCCUUACUGAGGGCUGUACAACGAAACAGGAUAGACCAGCAACAUGAUGGCAUUAUAUCAAUAUUGGCCAAACACCUACCAGGGGGUGGCAUCAUAGCCAGGCUCCUGGAUAUCAGUAGAAAAUCGUGCGUGGCCUGUGGGAAAGUGUUGAAGACGAGAGCUCAUGAUGACGAAGUGCAUAUCUGCCCUACCCCUCGCUGCACAGGCUGGUUUUCUUGCUCUAAAGAAUUGAUUUUAGAUCAUUUUUAACUGGCAAAAAGAAAUAGACUAUUAGACCAACCUGUUGGACAAAAUGUUUUCCUUUCACAGGCCAUUACUGCUCGCUGUGUUUCAGACUGAUGGGGAAGCUCUGUGCUAUCUGUACAGCACCCCUCACAUUCCACGCGGACCAAGAGCUAGAUUCCAGUGAUGAGGAGCAAGCCAGUUUAGGGGAGAUCGCUGUAACAUCACCUCAGCCUGUCCUGGAGAAAAGAGGAAAAGAGAGGAAGAGAAUAACGAUCAGUAUUUCCAAUCAGGAUCAUUCUAUAGGGAUCAACGGCCAAACCGACCAUCAAAAUGUGGAGAUUAAUAAUGGAGUUUAAGGUCAAAUCUGCUUUAUCCAUUCGCAGGUUCUGUGGUGUUGGAUAUAAAUCUGUUAGUACAGUAUGUACCAGGAAUGUGUUUUAUUUAUUUAUUUAAUUUUCUCACCUUGUCCAAACUGCAAAAUAGGUAU